AUGUCUAAUGAAAACUAUUUAAAGGAUUCCACUAAGCUUAUAAGGAAAGUAAAAUGUUUACAAUUACUUAAAGGGUUGCCCUAGAAAGAAUAUAUAAUUGUUAGAAAGAGUAAAGAAUAACAAUCUUAUUAUGAAUAAAUUAGAGGAAAUGGAAAUCUUGAGAAGAUAAGUUUAUUCUUUAAACAAAAUUUUAGAGAGCUAUCUCAACAGAAAUGCGUCUUUCUACAAAAAAACUGCUCUUAUUGUAAUAAGUAAGGCAAAGUUAUUUUUGUAACAAUGGUACGAGUUGAUAAGAUCACACUUUAAAUAUAAAAAGCCAAGUAAUUUAUGUAAUUAACGUAUCUGUAGAUAUCAAAAUGAUAUAGUUAUAUUUAUACGAAUUGCUCAAGUAUACUCAAAAUAUGAGCAUUAAAUUUUAGAGAGAAGAAUCGUACCAUAUAGCAUAUUUUUACUGCAAUGCUUCGAAACAGAUCUUAGAAUAACUCAAUGGAUUUAAAUUUAAAGUAAUAUUUUAUUUCAUUGUUAUCUUUUCUUAGAUUUGGCAACAUUCAUCAAGAGAUGUUUGGACUGAUUUAAUAGUGGGGAAUAUGUUAUUAUAGAAUUAGAAGUAAUUAUAUUCAUUGAAAAUAAAGUUAUGAAUUAGCCAGCAUUGAAUUUCAAGAUAGUUUGGUGAGGAUUCAAAAAAAUAUAAAUUAAAUAAUAAGUUAUAAGAUCGAAAAGAGUUUACCAAAAGAAGAAGUCAAAAAGUAUGCUAUAAGAUAAGUAAUAAAGUUAACAAUGAAUUUAGAUGAUUAUGCUAUUUCAUAUAUUUUUUUUGCUUUGCAUAUCUUAUCUAUAUUCUGAUAAUUUGUCAAAGUAUUAGGAACUAUUAAAGUUACUGUAUUACUUGAACAAGCAUAAUUAAUAUAAUGGAGAACAAUCUAAACUAUUAAAGGACUUUAUCAAACAACAUAACCUCAAACUAUAGAUACACCUCUCAGAACAAGGGGAAAUCUAGAAAAUUAUGUCACUUAUGUAUGAUGUUCCAGAAAUCUAAGCAGAAGAAAAACCUAACUAUAUAGAUGAACACUUCUAUAAGAAAUAUCAAGUAAAGGAAAUGAAUGAUCAAGCAUUUUUUAGAACCAAACAUCAAUUUACCAUCAUCAAAUAGCGAUGUUCUAUUAUAUUAAAAGGAAAGGAUAAAAGAUAAAAUAGUCCAACAACGAUGUAGCAAACUCAACCACUAUCUUAAUAUUAUGAUACAACAAUUCAUCCUAAUUUAAAACAAACUUAAAAUCAAUCCUUAUCUCCUCAUUCUAAUUUUAAAUAAUAAUCAUCUUUUUUAAAGAAGAGCAUCAAAAAAGAAAGCUUUUCUUACAUAAAGUCAGAUAGAUAAUCCAUGAAGUAUUUGGACACACAAAUACAAGGUUCUUUAAGGAAAGAGUCUUUUUAUUCAUAUAAUGAACUUAGUAAGGACAUGGAGACAAAUAUUUCAAUCAAUAGCGACGAGUAAAAGUAAUUGAAAACUGAAAGAUCAAUAUUAAGAUCCAAGAGUUCUCGAGACCAUAAACAAGAAAUAAACUAAUAGACAAAGAUGGCAAUAUUUAAUCUAAUAGAAGCCAAAUCUCUAUAUUAUAUGGAAGUCUAAAAGGCUAGUUCAAAAUUAAAGAACAUUAAAUCAUUAAAAGACCAGUAAUAGAAAAAGAUGAUAUCAGAUAAAUUAAUAUCAGACAUGAAAUAUAUCUAAAAGUAGCCAUCUAUGUUAGCAAGCACAGAUUAAUUGGACGAAAAAGACGGCAAAUAGAUCUAUAAAGAAGUAUUCAAUGUAAUUUAAUACCUUAUAUUAAUAUAGGACCUUAAAUAAUUGGCAGACAAUUACGUUAGUAAAUUAUCAAUGUACGAAAAGUCAUAGGCACGCUAAAGAAUAUAUACUUAAUAGUAAUAAGGAAUGAAUUGCUAAUCAAAUGCGAACACUACCAUUUCAAAAUGUAAGGAACUGUCUAAAUCAAUACAAUAAUAAAAAGAAUUCUUUUGA